AUGUCUCAGAAGCCCUCCCAAACUCGCUCCGAUACGUCGAGCACGUACAUUCGGGCAACAAAUGAGACUGCCACCAUGGGGGUGGUUUCCGCAGGUUUGACCGACAGCCCAAAAUACCCGAACGCAUGGUCAAAGAUCAGGGAAUAUAUCCGGGAACCUGCUGCAGAAUUCCUUGGUACUAUGAUCCUUGUUAUCUUUGGUUGCGGUGGUAAUUGUCAAGUCGUCCUGUCUUCAAGCACGGCGGUUACUGCCAGCGCCAAGGGGGAGUUCCUUUCGCUCAACUUUGGUUGGGCUGUUGGUCUUGCCUUGGGCGUUUUGGUUUCUGGUGGAGUAUCUGGGGGUCACAUUAACCCUGCGGUAACCCUCGCCCUCGCCUCCCUCCGCGACUUCCCAUGGGGAAAAGUUCCCUAUUACAUCCUUGCUCAACUGCUUGGUGCCCUUUGCGGCGGUGGAAUCAUCUACGCGAACUACUACCAUGCUAUUAAUGCUUACGAGGGUGGGCCAGAUGUUCGCACCAUCUCAGGGACGGGCGGCCUUUUCGGAACUUAUGCAGCUGACUACAUGACCUCAGCGUCCUCCUUUUUCUCAGAGUUUUUGGCAUCUUCCAUGCUUAUAAUCGCUAUUUUGGCUGCCACGGACAAGAGGAAUGGCCCUAUUGGUGUCUGGGUCGUCCCGCUCACAGUCUUUACGGCCGUCCUAGGUAUCGGUCUCGCGCUUGGUAUGGAGACUGGCUUCGCCAUCAACCCGGCGCGUGACUUUGGUCCUCGGCUCUUGACUGCGAUGGUCGGUUAUGGAAAAGAUGUGUUCACGUUCAGGAACCAGUACUGGCUCUGGUGCCCUAUUCUCGGCCCCAUUCUUGGUAUGCAAGUUGGAGGGUUGGUGUACGACCUUCUUGUCUACACCGGCUCGGAAAGUAUCGUCAACAAGCCGAUCGUGGCACCACAGAGCCACACUGACACUUUUCCAGAUAGGACGGCAAGCGGUGCAACCGCAGUUUGA